GAAGUAAUUUAAAUAAUGACAGAUAUUUGAUGUUGGGGAACAUAAGGAAGGCAGUGCGUUCACUUCAUACAAGCCACAGACUUAGACAUUUAGAAGUGAGGAACGGCGGGACGACUGUUACAGUAGAGCCUUUCUUUCACAAUAAAUUGUUCUCACAUUAUAGGUGUUCAGCUAGAGGACAUGGCUCCUCCCCGUUGUACUGCACCAUAAGAAGUUUAAGCUGGACUGCGAGUUCUAGAAAUUUUUGUAUCUGGACUACCAGCAAUGUCGUUAAACAUCAUGCUCGCUUCGUUUGGAAAAGGGUUUCCAGCAAAUUUUCUUCCAAUUGCGGUAGUAUUCCCACCUUAAAUGAAGUUGCUCGGGCAUUCUGCUUGGCCAUGUCUCGUUCUCACCUGAUUGUACCUGGUAUCUUUGCUUUUACAUGGGGAGAGCUAGCAUGUGCCCAAAGAACAUUCACAAGCAUAGACCCUUAUCCAUCUCACAAUUCUUUCUACAUCCGGGCACAAGACGGACAUGCCUAUUUGAUUUCAUUACUAUUUUCUACUUUAGAAGGCAUUAUAUUAUUUUUUAGAGCCCUUUAUUUGGCAAUCUUGUUCUCACCUUGCAUAUUGAUGGCUCCAUUCGCGGAUGUCUUUGGAUUUCGCUUCAGGAGACUCUGGCUCCAGGUUGUUCAUCGUUCACUUGAAAAGGGUGGCCCAGCAUUCAUUAAAUGGGGUCAGUGGGCUGCGACACGACCAGAUCUCUUCCCUAGAGAUUUAUGCAUAGAGUUAUCAAAGCUUCACAGUAAAGCUCCGGAGCACAGCUUUGCCUACUCAAGGAAAACUAUAGAACGGGCAUUUGGUCGAAAGCUUUCUGAGAUAUUUGAGGAUUUUGAAGAGCAACCUGUUGCAUCAGGGAGUAUUGCUCAAGUGCAUCGGGCUUCUUUGAAAUUUCGAUACCCUGGUCAACAAAUGAAGCCCAUGGUGGUUGCUGUAAAAGUUAGACAUCCUGGCGUUGGGGAAUUAAUUAGGAGAGAUUUCCUUAUAAUUGAUUUUAUAGCAAAAGUUUCAAAGUUCAUUCCUACUCUCAACUGGUUGAGAUUGGAUGAAAGUGUGCAACAAUUUGCCGUUUUUAUGAUGUCUCAAGUCGACCUUGCAAGGGAAGCAGCACACUUGAGCCGCUUUAUCUAUAAUUUUCGACGGUGGAAGGAUGUUUCAUUUCCUAAACCGGUGUAUCCACUUGUUCAUCCUGCUGUUUUAGUGGAAACUUAUGAGCAAGGGGAAAGUGUUUCUCACUAUGUUGAUGAGCUUGAAGGAUAUGAAAGAGUCAAGUCAGCAUUGGCACACAUUGGGACACAUGCUCUUCUAAAAAUGCUUCUGGUGGACAACUUUAUACAUGCUGACAUGCAUCCUGGAAAUAUCCUUGUCAGAGUGUCUCAUGAAAAGUCCCGUCGGAAGCGGCUCUUCAAGUCAAAGCCUCAUGUUGUCUUCCUUGAUGUAGGCAUGACGGCCGAACUUUCUGGAAGUGAUAGAGUAAAUUUACUGGAAUUUUUUAAGGCUGUAGCUCGUAGGGAUGGCCGUACUGUUGCCGAACGUGCACUUAAAUUAGCAAAACAACAAAAUUGCCCUGAUCCCGAGGCAUUUAUUGAGGAAGUUACCAAUGCGUUUGAUUUCUGGAAGACUCCCGAAGGUGAUCUAGUUCAUCCUGCUGAAGCCAUGCAGCAAUUACUGGAGAAAGUGAGGCAUCACAGAGUCAACAUCGAUGGAAAUGUGUGCACUGUGAUGGUGACGACAUUGGUUAUGGAGGGCUGGCAGAGGAAACUUGAUCCUGCUUAUAAUGUGAUGGAAACACUGCAAACUCUGUUACUGAGAUCUGAUUGGGCUGAGUCUCUCUCCUACACAAUUGAAGGAUUGAUGGCACCGUAGAAUGAUGUGUCUGAUCUGCUCCAGCAAAACAAUUUUGACAACGUAAAGGAGAGCCUACAAAUAUAAAGCUUAAUAUGAUAUAUUUAAGUUCAAUCUUGUAUCCACAUCAUUCUUUCCACCAAGCUCUUACUUAUAAUUUUCUUUUUUAGCUCAAAUGUCAGGCAGAUGCGGUGGAUUCUAGGUAUAUAAAGCAAAUAAUGUGGUAAACAGCCGAAGAUUCUUUUGAUUCUACUGUAAAGUUAGCAUCUUAUGCUCCUGGUAAACAGAAGCAGCUAGGGAAAACAUGAUCUUCUUCAUAGUUGUUUUGAUCUCCUACUCAAUUGACAUAAAUAAACCAUUCUCUUAACUGCAACGGAGCAGAGUGUAGAUCUGUUUCACUAGUAGUACACCAAAGGUGGGUUCGAUUUUGUGGAUGUACGUGGCAAUACAUGGGAGAACGGCCGUCUUUGGUCGUUUACAGGGGAGGUUUGUCGUGUAAAUAUUUAGAUAUUUUAGACCCAUGAGACCUUGACCACCUCGUGUCUAGAUUUCCAUACAAUACUUGUGACAACAAAGAAACAUGUUUGUUCGUAUAGUCAACGUGUGGUUGUUUUCCCAUAUUUCAGCAAACUCUUGUGUUGAUGUAUAAUUGGGUGAUUGAAGCCCCUAUUAUUGUAUUGAAUAUAAUGAAUAGGCUCAUUCCCCGUGGUCUUUCCAUCUAAAUAAACAACAGAUCUUCUA